ACAAAACUGAAAACAACAGUGGGCGAAAAAGAGAGAGAGACGAGCACCACUUGCUGGUCUGGUUGCUGGGCGAAACCUACACCCCAUGCAUAUGCAGCACGCCGGGCGAGUGUCCCUCCGACGCGUUGGUGCUCAGCUGCGAUUGCCGCCUGCUGUCGUCGGAAGAACGAUCCACCUUCGUGCCCUCCGGCUGACCUUUCGGCGACCCAACGGGCACUAGGAACGAACCAGACGGACUCGACACAAUGCUGUCAAGGGCAGCGCCGAGCAGAGUGAAGCUGGCCGACAGCCGCUGCUCGUCCAGCCCUCUGGUCCUGAUGGUCUGUGCGGGCGAGACAGGGCUCAGAUGUGCCUGUGGGGAGAUCUCUGGCGACAUUUCUGCGGAUGAUGUGUCGUCGUAGCGGGGUGUGGCGAGGCCUCUGAAUGAGGGUGUGCCUGAGUAGAGGAGGGAUGCGUGUCGCCGGGAGGCUUCGUUGAGGUCGAGGAGGGGUCGGUGUGGGGUCACGUCGGUGCUGUCGUCUUCCUCUAGGAGGGCCAUGAAGUCCUGCAGACACAACAGACAGACAGACAGACAGAUGAGGAGAUGGGACCGGAAGACGCCUGUGGUCGUGGUCACCUCAAAGUCGAUGAAUCCCUGGCCCUUCGAGUCGGCCUAAGAUACCACACACACCAGACAAUGCCUAGACACGCCAGAGACGUGUGUGUCGCCAUGUCUCUGUCAUGUUGACGUGCCCGUGUACCUGUUGGAUAAUCUCUCUGACUUUCUGCCGCCGUUCCUCGCGGUCCUGCAGCUUGCCCGUGACCCUGAAACUACGCCUGUCAGUCAGCAAAAGACACAGAGGCCGCGCCUGCCCGCCCAGAUAUUAGGAGACGUAUUCUGCUUACUACCCACCUCUUCAUGCCUCGCUCCAGGGCAACCAGCAAGUUCUCUUCGGAUAUCUUCCCAUCUGCAAACAACCGAAUAAGCCACUGAGAUGCCCUACGUUGGAGAGUGGCCGCGUGCAGGUGCUCGCCUCUGUUCAGAUCAAAUGAGUCGAACACCUCUCGGCACGUGUCGCGAUUCAGGUACACCUGCAGACCGACCGACAGACCGACAGACCGACAGACCGACCGACAGACCGACAGACCGACAGACCGACAGACCGACAGACCGACAGACCGACAGACCGACAGACCGACAGACCGACCGACCGACCGACAGACAGACAGGGGUGAUGGUGUGUGUAUGCGGUGACCAUGUCUCCCUCUAUUGGCUGACCUUGCGGUCCAGGCAGCAGGCCAGAAAGUGCGUGUAGGAUAUCUUCCCCCUGACAAACAGAACAACCGUGGGGAGAGAUCACCGUGUUUCAUGCAAAGGCGAUGGAUGAGCCAUGUGUCAUUCAUGCCCAUUGGUGGGUGCAUUAUUACUCACUCGUUGUCCGAGUCCACAGUCUCGGCCAGCUUGAUCAUGUCGUCAGGGAAAUCACGCUCGGUGAGCACCUCUGUCACCUGCGACAGCGAUAUGGUGCCUGUAGGUAGUAUACACACAAGCACGACCAAGAGAAAAAGAGAAUUUCCCCUGUCAUCUAAAUGAAGCGUGUCUCACCGGUGCCCUCGGUGUCCAGCUGCUCGAAUACGAACCUGACAACAAACAGCAAACCGGCCAGGAAUGAAUCGAUGAAGGGAUCCGAUGCGCGGUUGAGACGCGCCCACCUGAGGCCUUCAAUGUCGGCAGCCUUGACUCGCCUGGCCAGUGCAGUGAGGAUCAUCCGACGGAACUUCUUCUGCUUGCGGAAACUCGCACACCGCUGAAUCGCCUCCUGCGUCAGGCCCUGAGAAUCACACGACACAAGAUGCGAAGCAAAUGACGACAGCGCUCACGACGAUGCCGUCUCUUCCAACUGAUCGCUCACCGUUAGUGCACGCACGCGGCUGAGGGAAUUGGCGGGGCUGUCACAGGUGGCCGCGAACUAUAUCCACACGGAAGCCGCCGGUCGCAGGAAUGGAACGAAGGAUGGAUGGCUCGAGCUCACCAGUCUGAACCAUGGGUGGCUGUAGGCCUGCAAGGCUGUCAGGCGGGUCUCGGGAUUGCGGUCAAGCAGGCCCUUGAUCAAAUCUGAGAGGAGGAGGGCAAAAGCAGCAUUUGGUUCACGUCGAUUGGAGUUCACGCCGCUCACCGAUCACUUCGGGUGAGCGAUGUUUCCAGUCAUGCUCGUGGAAGACAAGAUCGCCUGAUCACCCGCACCAGCAUGCUGCUGGCGACUUCUGAGUGCUGCUGCUCUGCGAUUCUCACCGUCAGUGAUCUGGCGGAUGGUGGCUUGUGCCGUCUGACGCCUGAUCGACAUCAAGGAAGAGUCUCGCUGCUUGGUUAUGUCACCUGCCCGUCUUGCUGACCCGAAUGGUGUGUAGCCGCAGAGGCUUGUGUACAGCACCACACCAACAGCCCACAGGUCGCACGCCUGAAUGCACCGCACACAGACGCCAAUCACCACGCCAUCCUCGCCCACCUUGCUCCGGCACCGACCUUGUUAAGUGGCUGUCCCGUGAUGGUCUCUGGCGCCAUGUAGUCAGGCGUCCCUUCGAUGCUCCACACGUCAAAGUCGUCAGGAGCUGUUUGAUACACACUAUUGAUAAUGGCAUGAGACAUGAUCGUCGCCCACCAAGGUAUGUCUUGGCGAGGCCGAAGUCGAUCAUCUUGAUGCGUCCCUUGGGCCCCUCAACGUCGAACAGGAAAUUCUCAGGUUUGAUAUCUGCAAGGCAGGAAGGAAAGAUAUGGCGAUUCUAUGGCAUGCGCUGCAUACCGCGGUGGAUGACGCCUCUGCCGUGGGAGUAGCGGACGGCAGAGAGAAUCUGACGUGUCCACGCAUCGAUGUCCAUAAGUGCAUCGAUCAAGCAUGCACUGCCUCCUCACCUGCCUGAAGUACAGAGCCACAGUCUCCUCGUUGAAGUGCUCCGUGAUCGCUAUGCGGUCAAAUAGCUCCCCACCUGACAUUAUAUCUCAGCCCGAACCUCAUUCAAGAAAUGCAUGCCUUGUUUGCUGAUUUUGUCUGCUGCUACCUGAGCAGAUUUCCAUGAUCAUAUAAAGGUUGAAUUCGUCCUCAGUGGUCUCGACCAGCUUGAUGAUGUUUGGGUGGUCGAGCCGCUUCAUAACCAUGACCUCCAGACGCAGCGCCGCCAUGCUCUCUGCAAGGAGGCUCUUGCGGAUGACCUUACAGGCGUACACUUGGUCUGACAGCAGGUGCCGCACCGGCCACACCUUCCCAAAUGCACCUGCCACCACAACAAUGGAGCCGAGACACCUGCGCAUGAUGUCUCGACAUACACACACCUUCGCCGAUCGGCUUUGCUCCCAUUUCAUAGUCCGCCAAGCCCACAUGCUUUGAUGGUAUACACGUCUACAGCGAAUCAACAAGACCAUUAGCUCACCUUGUGCUGUUUGUGACAUGCGUCUCUUCACUUGAUGGUCAAAGAAGAGACUCUCCCGCACCCUUUUCCUUGCAAAAUGGACGUCAUGUUGCUCUUCCUCGUCGCUUGAAUGCAGGUCGACGAGUGUCGCGUAGGGAGACCUCCCGCCCAUCUCCCCAUAUGCAGCAUCGGAGGCACGAGCUGGCAACCCAAGCGACAGUGCUGGGUCCUUGUUGGGCAUGCCCGACUCGUCUAGAUGGCUCGACCGACCAAUGAGCAGGAGAGGAAGGGCCAACGCGGGCCGUGGCGCCUCGGCGGGCCUGCACGCGAAAUGAACGUCCAUUCUCCUAUCGGAGUCGUGUCUCCCUCACUCACUCAUGCUGGUCUGCACCGGACGCCUUUCUGACAAUACUGAGUCGUGAGGACCGGCGCCGGCCGCUGUGGCCUGAUGGUUGUGAGACGUGUUCCCCGUCCUCGUAUCCGGCGCGCCUGCUUCGAAUGCUGCUGAUGGGCAGUAGCAGAGUCGACGAUUGAGCUGGGGCGGCACCAGGAGUGUACGUCACGUCCUGAAGCAACACCGAGCCCUUUCUGACAGCGUCCACCCUGCACUCACAAGAAGGCACGGCUCGAUCUCUAUUCACACUUAUCAAAUACGAUCUGUGAUCUCUUUCCCGUCUUACGGAUUGGCGACAAUGACAUCCGAUUGAGGGCUCAGCAUUGUGUCAUCGACUUCGAGGAAGAUCUCGUCGUCCCCUUCAUCCCUCUCCUCAUCUUCCUGCUCUACAACGACCUCCAGGAGAGGGUGGGCUACAGCAGGAGACGUCACCGGGGCGAACUUCGGUACUCUUGGGGGCAGGUCGGAGACACCUGCUUGCUGAGACGUCUCCUCGUGCCCCACCUCUGGCUCAUCUGGCACACCGAGCAAGAUAAAGUGGUUGACGAACUCACUGGUUGGCUCGCUGCACUGAGACUCUGAGCGAAUGAGAGAGACAGGGCUCUUAUGGCAUAAUGUGUGGAGGAUCUUCUCGUUCUUACUAACUCCGAGACGACGAAUCUGUAGUCCGGUCGUCCUGAGGAGUCAGCCGCCGAGAGGAGACGAUUGAGUACCGGUGAUUUCUCUUGGUUUUGCUCUCUGGGGACGUGCCAAAGAGCGACACGGCCCGGCGCAAAGGGCUCUGAGGCAAAGGUCGUGAGGCGGCACCCAAAGGGCUCCCGGGAGCGAAUGCAUACAUGAGAUGAGGGGACACAUUCAACCCUGAUCACAGACACAAGGUAGCCACAUGCACAUUGCUGACAAUGGUCCACUUCGCUCACUCACCCCAUGAGUCGAAGACAAUGCAGUCAUGAAGAGGGACGGUGAGGACACGGUUGCCUGAAAUCACAUUACACAUUCAUUACAUGCACCUACACAAGAGAUCACAUCCUUCUACCUUCGAAGGACUCGCAUAUGAACCGUUCCUCGACUUCAGCCGACGUCUCGUCAUCGCCAGUGGUGCCUUUUCUAGUGGGCACUGGGAAGCGGGCCCGCAAGACAUACUUGUACUGUAUCUGCCCGUUCGCCGCAAACCGGUGAUGCACGCUGCCCGAACGACCAGAUCUGUCAACAGCACACACACCAUAAUACGGUACGUCGGAGCCCAUCUGUCGGCGUGUUCUGACCCAUCGGCUGAUCUGUUGAGAUCUCCGAGGCAGUUUUCCUCGAGAAUGGCCCAGUUGCCCAACGCAGGGUCGUCUCCAGUGAUGAAAAGCGCCAUCUCGGCGCCCCUCGCUUUGUUCAGGAGGUCACCCUCGUCGCUUCCGAGAUAGACGCUGCACAUGAACGCCACCGAGCUUGUUGGACGGCUCUUCUGGCGGUCACUGCUGCUCAUGUGCCCUGCCAUCCC